AUAAGCAAAAAAUUCCAAUACCCAAUAUGUACCAUUCCAAUAGCAAAACUGAUACGUAUGCCAAUAUGAUGUUGACUACUUUGCUUCAAAGUCUUUUUCCCUUUUUCCUUUUCUUUUUUUUUUUUUAAUUUCUAAUUUUAUUUCUAUACACAGCUACCAUAUUCCUCUCUUCACAGCAUCUAUAGAGGCUCACCAAACUCUCUCUUCAGCAUCUCCCCAACCCUUCCUUCAAUGUCUUUUUUUUUUUUCUUUUUUUUUUCUUUUUAAUUUUAUUUCUGUACACAGCUACCAUAUUCUUCUCUUCAAUGCAUCUGUAGAGGCUCACUAGUCAUAACCAUUACAAUUUGAGAUUGCAAUUGCAAGUUUUUUGGUGAAACUAACUAUUAAGUUUCUCUUGCUUGGGUAUAGCUAUUUUUAAUUAAUAAUUUGCAGUUGCUAAGUUUUGCUUGUGCGAUUUGUGGAUGUAUGCCUUUUGUAUGCCUAUCCUUUCACAUUUAUACUACGACUGCAUCUUACAACUUGCACUUCCUUUUUAUUAAAUCCCCCCAACUUGCACCCAAUCUUCUACAACCCUUACAUCACACAACUUGCCAUUUUCUCUAUUUUAUUAGAACAUGCCCCCACCCAUGCAAAUGCAAUUCUCCAACGGGAAAUUUCUAGGUU